GAAGACCAUUAAAAACAUUAAAAAUAACAGCAUUACAAAUAACAUUACAAAUUUCAAAACAACACAUUCUAAUGGUUUAUAAUUUUCCAAAAUUAUAUUUCAUUUAACUAGAAUUAUUUUGCACACAAGUUAAGUGCCGUUGAAACAAAGUUCUAUACCAAAUUGGCCUACAAGAAAAAAUCAUUGUCUGAAGAAAUUUCAAUAGAAAAUUAUGAGCAACAACAACAACAACUAGCAGUGACAUAAAGAACAGAACGAAAAUAAACACAGUGAAAGGCAAGACAAGACAAGACAAGCCACAGCAGCGCUGUGGAUACACGAAAUCGAAAUCAUCAUCGUAUCAUCAUUUGUGUGUAACUACGUUCUAUUCAGUUACACAUUACACACAUACCGUCCGUCAAUAUAUUUUUUGGAUUUUUAAUUGACGACGGAGGAAAAUUAUCUUAAACGCUCCGUCUGUCUGGCAGCGCUAUGGGUCGUGUUUUUUUGGAGCAUUUAGGAGGCAUUCGCUUGUUCAACUGCGGUCAGUGUCAAACUAACCUAACCAACCGUAAUCAGCUGAUAAGCACUCGCUUUACAGGAGCCACCGGACGGGCUUAUCUCUUUAAACGUGUGGUCAAUCUCACCUUCAGCAAUGUCCAGGAGAGGGUAAUGCUUACUGGUCGCCACAUGGUACGCGAUGUAAUGUGUAAGAAUUGUAAUGCCAAAUUGGGAUGGAUGUACGAGUAUGCAACAGAUGACGCACAAAAAUAUAAAGAAGGACGUGUUAUUCUGGAAUAUGCAUUGAUUAGUGAAGUCGAAGGAUUCCCUGAGAGUUCAACGCCAACCCAUUAACCCCACAGCAACUAUGGAUGCUCUUAAUAUAUAUAAUCUCCCCACCACCUAUUAUCAAUCAACUCCUCACUAAUAUUUAAUAAUCUACACUUAAGUGAUUUAACAUUAAUUUGAAAUUAAAAGGAAAUAAUGAUCUUUGAUUUAGUGUGUAGUAGCGAAGGAUAUAAAAAAACCAGAAGAAGUAAAAAAGCGUUAAAAGUACGCCUAGAUUUUAAGAAAUUAAAUUUAAUACUACAGCAAACAAGUUGCUAGAAUUAAUAUUUAAAAAAAAAACCAUGCCUUUAAGCCAAAUUACCAAGAUUUGUUCAAAAAGUAUUCUUUGCAUAAACAACCUAUGUUCUCCUCUUUAUGUGUACCACACCUUAGCCUUAGUUUAGAACGUAACGUACAUGGCGCUGUUUUCUAAAUUUAAGUCUGCCCACACUUUUGUUUAGAUCUUAAAGAAUAAUUUAAUUGUCUUUCGUUAAAGCAAGUUUUUAAUAUUUGGCACUAAAAUUCUCAAGUUUUGUUUUUUAAACAUUUAAUAAAUAAUGAACGUCUUCUUUUUUUUUGGAA